AUGCGGUCUCUAGGAACUUCCUCGCUUCUCCUGGCUUUGGCUUCUUUCUCGCAGAAUGUCCUGGGUCAAAGGGCACCUUCCACGUAUACAGACUCGGCCUCGGGCAUUGUAUUCGAUACCUGGACAGAAAGCGGGUUGACAUUUGGAUUCGCUCUACCCACAGAUGCCCUUCAAACUGAUGCAAGCGAAUAUAUUGGUUAUCUGAGAUGUGAUACAGCAACCAAGGGGACUGGGUAUUGUGCUCUCUCUCUAGGAGGUUCCAUGACCAACAAGUUACUUCUCACCACCUACCCAUACGAGGAUGAGGUGCUCACUUCUUUCCAGUGGGCGACUGGGUAUAGGCCUCCUGGGUUCUAUGCUGGCGAUGCGCAAUUGACGCAAAUAUCGUCCAAGAUAGAAGAUGGUUACUUCGAGAUUCUGUACCGAUGCCAGAACUGCUUGAAGUGGAAUCACAAUGGCAGCCAAGGUAGUCUCUCAACAACAGCCAGCACCUUUUUGGUAGGCUGGGCCAUCCACAGUGUGACGCCAACGGGUGCGAGGUGCCCUACCAGCAUCUCGGCAGGGCAGCACAACAGUGCUGGAACCAUUACUGGCACAUUUUCCUCGAACAGUGCCAGCGAGAAGUACCAGGAAUGGACUUCUCUCGCCGACAAGGUCGUUCCUGGUCAUUGCGAUGACACUCCAUCUACCACAUCUUCCAUCCCAGGCCCAACUGGCACUCCCGUUCCUACUGAUGCCGUAUAUGACUACGUCGUUAUUGGAAGUGGUGCUGGUGGGCUUCCUGCCGCUGAUAGACUCAGCGAGGCUGGCAAGAAGGUCCUCCUUAUCGAGAAGGGACCUCCGUCAACAGGCCAGUGGGGUGGCCCAGCCAAGUCUGCUUGGAAGCCCGACUGGCUCGCGGGCACAGACCUGACCCGGUUUGAUGUUCCAGGCCUCUGCAACCAGAUCUGGGUGGACUCUGAUGGCAUUGCCUGCCGCGACACUGACCAGAUGGCCGGCUGCCUUCUCGGUGGCGGCACUGCGGUGAAUGCUGGAUUGUGGUGGAAACCUUCUGCUGAGGAUUGGGACUACAAUUUCCCUGACGGCUGGAAAUCAUCUGACAUGUCUGGAGCUGUUGAGCGUGCCUUCACAAAGAUCCCCGGCACAAGAAGAUCAUCGCAAGAUGGAAUCCGUUAUUAUGACGAAGGUUACAAGGUUCUUUCUGAGGGUGUCAAAUCCUCGGGCUGGUCCGAGUUCAAUCCGUUUACCGAGCCAGAGAAGAAGAACAAAACAUACACCGACGCUGCCUUCAUGUUUAUUAACGGCCAGCGAGGUGGUGCUCUGGCGACAUACUUAGCCAGCGCCUCCGAGCGCGAAAACUUCGACCUUUGGACCGCCACGCAGGUCAAGAGAAUUGUUCGCUCGGGUGGACAUGCCACAGGAAUUGAGGUCGAGCCUUACGAGGGCAACGGCUAUGAGGGCACAGUCCAGUUGACGCCAGGGACUGGCCGAGUCAUUGUCUCAGCAGGCGCCUUUGGUAGCGCCAGGCUUCUCAUGAGAAGUGGCAUUGGCCCUCAGGACCAGCUGGAGAUUGUCGCCAACUCGACCACCGACGGUCCGGUAUUCAUCUCUGAUGAUGAGUGGAUUCUGCUUCCCGUUGGCCAUAACCUCGAAGACCACACCAACACGGACACGGUUGUCAGCCACCCCAGCGUUAGAUUCUAUGAUUUUUAUGCCGCUUACACUGACCCCAUCGAGAGUGAUGCGCAAGCCUACCUCGAUUCCCGGUCUGGAAUUUUGGCACAGGCCGCCCCCAAUAUCGGCCCUGUGAUGUACGACGAAAUCUCGGGAGCAGAUGGCAUCGUUCGUUCAUUGCAGUGGACCUCGCGUGUCGAAGCAAGCUUCAACAUUGAGGAUGAAUAUGCUAUCACCAUGAGCCAGUAUCUUGGUCGUGGGUCCAAGUCACGAGGUAGAAUGACGCUCGCUGCCGACCUUAGCACGGUUGUCAAUGAGCCCCCAUACCUCCAUGACCCAGAGGACAUCGAAGCGAUCAUCACGGGCCUUGAUAACAUGCGUGAGGCGCUCUCUGGUGUCGAGGGCCUGACAUGGCUAGCACCUGCUGCCAACCAAACCUCUCGGGAAUAUGUCAAUGCUCUGUCAAAAACAUCUGGGCGUGGUGCCAAUCACUGGAUUGGAACCAACAAACUCGGAACUGAAGAUGGACGUAAAGGUGGCGACGCGGUUGUUGACCUCAAUACCAAAGUUUGGGGAACCGACAACAUCUUUGUUGUCGAUGCUUCCGUCAUUCCAGGCAUGGUCACACCCAACAUCCAGUCCUAUAUUGUGUCUGUUUCUGAGAAGGCAACGGAGAGGAUUCUGGCGCUUGAACCUGCUUCUGGUGGCUCAGAGGGCGCGCAGUGCGGUGGCCUCGAGUGGAACGGAAGCCAUUACUGUCAGGAAGGCCUGACAUGCACUCGCCAGGACGCAUCCAUUUCAAAAUGUCAGUAG